UUCCCAUUGGAUCGUUGUUGCCCACCGGGGUCAGGGUUGUGAAUAUGGUUGAUACAGUUCGUCCUGAGUGACGGACACACCUUAUGAGAGUCUGAAAUGAAUAAUCGUGCGGGACGCUGUGCUUUCUAGAUAUUUCAACCUAGCGAUUAGGUUGGCUGAAUGAGAAAGGUAGCGAUCUGACCAUACUAGCUGGCGCUGCGACCAGUCCUUGCUGAUGGGUGUGAGCCGCCUGGAUGUGUUUUACAGAAGGCUUCUUCUCACCAAGCUCUUCAUCCAAGGUUGGGGAAAGCCAGAGGAUCUCAAGAGAAUAUUUGAGUUCCGGAAGAUUAUUGGCGACAGAGAGAAGUGUAAGGAUUUGGUUCCUAAGGAUUACCCGGUUUUCAUUGACAAGAUAGAGGAGCAGAAUGACUGCAGGAUACUAAAUGGUCAUUUUACAUCCCCGCUGGAACAUUUCCUGCCUGGCAUCUUACCGGCUGAGUCAGUGAAGGCCAGGUUCCAGUUCAUUCUACCCAGGAAGUGGAAGAAGUUUAAACCAGUAUGCAUUCACCUCGCUGGAACUGGGGAUCAUUUCUUCUGGAGAAGGCGAACCCUGAUGGCCAAACCCAUGAUGAAAGAGACGGGAAUGGCGUCGCUCCUCCUCGAAAAUCCAUAUUAUGGAUACAGAAAACCUAAAGAGCAAGUUCGCUCCAGUCUGCGUAAUGUGUCCGACCUGUUCGUGAUGGGUGGGGCCCUCAUCCUGGAGUCGGCCGCCCUGCUGCACUGGCUGGAGAGGGAGGGCUACUGGCCUCUGGGCAUGACGGGCAUCUCCAUGGGGGGGCAUAUGGCGUCUUUAGCAGUGACAAACUGGCCGAGACCUAUACCGCUGGUGCCCUGUCUGUCCUGGUCCACAGCGUCCGGUGUUUUUACCACGGGAGUCCUGAGUAAGGCAGUGAACUGGAGGGAGCUGGAGAAGCAGUAUGCUACAGACACAGUAUAUGAAGAGGAAAUCACCAGGAUGCUGGAGUACUGCGGGAUGGAUUCAUUUAGGAUGGGGCAGGACUUUGUGAAGAACUCACCCAGCAGCGUCGAUACCCUCUCCGGCCUGGACCUGCCAGCUGACUUCCUGAGCAUGCCCACACCUCAGGCCUCUGGCCUCAGUGCCGGGGGCAGGGGGCGGUCUGGCGGACAGGCCUCAUGGGGAGAGCGGGGAUGCGGCGGCGGGCUGGAUCCCAUGCUGUCGGCCGUGACCAGCAGCCGGCCUCACAUGGACAUGCUGACCGCCAGGAACGCGGCCGAGCAGAGGCAGCCACACCGCUCCCUACAGCACGAGUCCCUGGGCUUCAUGAAGGGUGUCAUGGACGAGUGUACACACAUUGCCAACUUCUCAGUGCCAGUGGAUCCUAGUCUGGUCAUCGUGGUCCAGGCCAAGGAGGACGCCUACAUCCCGCGCUCGGGCGUGCGCAGCCUCCAGGAGAUCUGGCCAGGAUGUGAGGUACGCUAUCUGAACGGUGGACAUAUCAGCGCCUACCUCUUCAAGCAAGGGCUCUUCAGGCGGGCUAUUUAUGAUGCCUAUGACAGGUUUAUUCAGAAGUAUUCCAAAUAUUCCAUCUUCUAGCCACGGACCAGAACGUUCUAAACGAGCACAUGUCUCUGAAGGUCUGGAUGCUGCGAUCUCCAGGAGGUCUAACCACCAUCAACAGAAGAGGGAACGUUGUGAAAGGCUAAAUAUAUGGGUUUUUAUUUGUGCCAUUCAGUGACACUCUGGUGCAAUGCUAUGUGGGGUGCGAUUCACACGUUUACAUCAUGUUCUCCCCAUGCUGCUGGGGGUGUCCUUUAGUAAAAAGACAUGCAGGUUAAUUGGCAUCUUUGGUACCUGGUGUGUGUGUGUGUGUGUGUGUGUGUGUGUGUGUGUGUGUGUGUGUGUGUGUGUGUGUGUGUGUGUGUGUGUGUGUGUGUGUGUGUGUGUGUGUGUGUGUGUGUGUGUGUGAGAGAGAGUAUGUGUGUACAAUCUGGUGUACGUGCAACCCAUCAAGGGUGGACCCUAACCUUUUGCACCCACCCCUUCACCACCCUGACAAGUAUUCGGGUAAAAGACGAAAAGGAAUUUCAACAUGGCGUCCUUCUACAUGCCUACAAUCCUGGACCUUCACGUAUUGUGCAUUUUUGGGGUUGUCACCAGACACCAUGUGACACAAGGACCUGCAAAGACAUGUGUACUAAGAGAAUGGCAUUUGUGCUUAUGAAAUCUUUUAAUAAAUGAUUAGAACUCUAGCCAGAUGUCAAUCAUAAUUCCAUCUGGUAUAUCUUAACCACUGUAUUUUAUUCAGUGCUGUUAAGGUAUCUUUAUGACAGGUCCAUUUGAGUCUUCGCUGAGCCCCCAGAACAGCGAGAACUUCUCAGGGCCUGUUUUAUUUUUUUUUCCUCAUAAAUUUUACUAAUAAUUAAAUACAUAAAAUUAACAACAGUAUUGAACAUGUUUGCAAAAUACUACUGAAAAAAAUGACUGGGGAAUUUGUAUUAAGAUGUUUUAACUGCUUUGUAAAUUAAAAUUUCUAUGACCCCUGGCCUCAA